UAUUAACAAGGGCUGAGGUAGUGUAAUAAGUAAUGAAUAAUAUAAGUCUGUUCACAUAGGUGAGAGAGAGAGAGAAAGUUAUGUACAGUUCAGUCGUGUGUGUGUGUGAGUGUGAGAGUUCAGUCCUGAGUGUUCAGAAGCCUGAUGGCUUGAGGGAAGAAACUGUUCAACAGUCAGGUUGUGAGGGCCCAAAUGCUUCGGUACCUCUUCCCAGAUGGCAGGAGGGCAAAGAGGGGUGUGUGGGCUGAUCCACAAUGCUGUUUGCUUUGCGGAUGCAACGUGUAGUGUAAAUGUCCUUGAUAGCCUCCCUCCUCCCCCACCUUGGACUCUCUGACCAUCAUGCUUAGACCUGCAUACAGACCGAAGGUGAGAGUCACCAGACCAACCAAGAAGGAGGUACAUGUGUGGUCAGAAGGGGCCCAGUCUGCCCUACAAGACUGCUUUGACACUACAGACUGGGACAUUUUCAAAGAAGCAGCAAGUUACAAUAACCACACGGACACAGAAGAAUAUACUGAGGCUGUUACUGCAUACAUCUCAAAGUGCACCGACAAUGUCACACACAGAAAAGUCAUCACUAAUAAAUAACAAAAACAGAAUUAAGAACAACAACAUGGUGACAACAAAAUGUAAAAACAACUAAAUAACAACAACAACAACAACACAGUGAAAAUUACUUACCAACAAAGUCAUUUUUAUCCAGGUCUUCAUCUUGCAAUUCCGGGCGUAUGGAUAGUGCUUCCACUAAAAUGAGGUGACCGUCUCAUUAUAUGGCGAGCUUAAUCUGUGGAGGCAAAACGUACGGAGUUAAAACAACGUGCAGGGUUCGUACAGUCAUGAAAAACCUGGAAAAGUCAUGGAAUUUUAAAACAGCAAUUUCCAGGCCUGGAAAAGGUUUGGAAAAAUAAAUAAGCCCACAAAGUUUUGGAAAAGUCAUGGAAAUGUGUUUCACAAAUCUCUGUAUAUUUGAAUAUAUUUUAAUUGAUAAUAUUGGUUAAAUUACAAUAGCGCAAUCCGUCACGUGAUGUUCUCUGCGUGGGGUAACGGCGACUCGCAAAUGCAGCUAGUAGUAAACUCACGCAAUGCCAGGAAAAUGCAGAUUUAAUUAUGUAUGGCUUCAUGACGAAAAGUAUAAGGGGUGGCUUGAGAAAGAUCAGGACCCGGGACGUGCAAGAUGUACAGUAUGCCGUAAAACAUUUGACAUUUCGAACAUGGGAGAGGCAGUGCUGUCUAGCCAUGCUAAAGGGGCAUAGCACCAGUCUGCUGCUGCAGCCGCAUGCUCGACAGCUCCCAACCCGAUAACAGGCUUUUUCACCUGUGUGACUGGUGUGACCCUCACUCCCAAAUGUGGUGCUUCCCUUUCAUCCACUGCAAAACAAGGGACCAUUUUGAAUGCCGUGUCCAGAAACGAAACCCUAACUGCAGAGGUCCUGUGGGCACUAAAGGUGGCUUUUUCAGCUUCUUCAGACUAUGUUCCCAGACAGCAAGAUAGCGGCCAGCUUUGCAUGCGGCGAACGCAAGUGCUCAUAUUUAUGUACUUUUGGACUGGCUCCUUAUUUUAAGAAACUGACUUUGGCAGAUCUAUCGAAGCAAAGCGUCUAUGUUAUGCUGUUUGAUGAAAGCCUGAAUCACUAUUUACAGUCUAAACAGUUAGACAUGCGUGUCAGGCUAUGGAACAGGUCCGAGGUGAAGACUAAAUACAUCGGCUCAGAGUUUAUGGGCCAUUCAUCGGCUCAAGACAUUGCUGACAUAAUGAAUAACUUGGUUACAGAGAUCGGAAUCAAGAAUCUGGUCCAAAUCUCAAUGGACGGACCGAACGUAAAUUGGAAAGUAUUCGAAAUACUCCAGAAGCAAGUGCAGAAUGAUGCGGGAAAGUCACUAAUUAACAUUGGUUCGUGCGGGUUGCACAUACUGCACACUGCGUUCAGAGAUGGCUGUAAAUCCACCGGAUGGGAAGUUGAACACGGACUCUCUAGCUUGUAUUGGCUGUUCCAUGAUUGCCCUGCCCGUCACGAAGAUUUUAUGACAGCAACCGGUUGUAACACACCCAUGCUUAAGUUUUGUAAGCACCGGUGGAUUGAGAAUAUAAAGGUGUCAGAAAGAGGAUUGCUCCUCUGGCCACAUGUCAAACAAUACAUCCAGAUGGUAGAGAGAGGUGAACUACCCAAUCCAAAAGUAAAGUCAUUUGAAGAGGUGAAGAUGCGCUGUGCUGAUCCUCUCUUCCCAGUGAAAGUGGGAAUAUUCAACAGCAUUGCCAGAGAAAUCAACCCCUUCCUCACCAUAUAUCAGUCUGACCAACCCAUGCUGCCCUUUCUCUCCGGUGAUAUGUACAAACUGAUUAAAGGCCUCAUGGGACGAUUUCUGAAGGAAAAACAUCUGCAAGAGGCCUCAUCCACACUAAAGCUCCUCCAUGUCCCUUUUCAAGACAGCAGUCUGCACAAGGACAGUUCUCAGAUUGAUAUUGGAUUUGCAGCAGAAACCACUCUGAACCAACUCAAGUCUUCCAAAAGCAUUUCAGAAAGGCAGAGACUAGAGAUUAAGAUGGGCAGGCAAGCGUUGAAAGAGGUUUUUCAAUCAACAAAGAAUUAAUAGUUGAGAAUCAGAGGGAAAGAUCUCUGGUGGCUCAGAGGCUCAUUGUUGACCAUGUCAGAUCUGUAGGGGGCGUAACCAAGGUGGAAAUCACAAAGAAGCUGCUCGUUUCAGCUGCAGGAGCCAGGCAGAAGUACCAUGGGUACCUGGAUGAAGAGAAGAGAAAGAAAGAACAGCAAGCUGUUGACUUGAAGAGGAAGGCCUUCACAGAUGAGCUGGAUGAUUUGAAAAAGAAGAAGGCUAGGAUGGAGGCAGACAUUUGUGCUCUUGAGAAAUCAGCAGAUGAAUAUGCUGAAAAGGCUGAAUCUUCUGGCAACAUGACCUUAAUCACCAAAUCCAACAGUUUCCAACGUACUGCAAAAGAAAAGAAAGCAUCUCUGCACAAAAUUGAAAAACAGAUUGAAAAGAACCUUUCAGAAAUGAAAAAAUAAACGUUGUUAAUUGUUUUUGGGCAAUGUAGAAUUCAAAUAAUGACGAUAACUUUUUAAAGAAAGUUAUCCAGUGUGGUUAAUUUAUAGCAUUUAAAGUUAAGGACAAUGUUUCUGGAUACUUUUAUUUAUUUUUUAGUUUAACAUUGUUGCUUCCCAUUGAUUUAUGUUAAUUAUCUCACAUGGACUUACGUCAAUACAUUUUUAAGGGGUUCUCAGGGUUUGAUGUAUUAUUUUAUGUAACUUUGUUACUGUGCAAGCGUAAUUUAAAUAAAUGGUUAUUUUGUAUUAUAAACUACAAAGCUUGUCAUUUAUUUUAGUAAAAAAUGUGCUGUGGUAAAAUAUGGAUUUUUCUUCUUAUGUAACAUGUAUUCAUAGACAUUUCAUGAAACAUUAGGUCAUGAAUAUGUACCUCAAACUCAUGGAAAAGUCAUGGAAUUUUAUUAGUAAAAAUGUGUACGAACCCUGAACGUGUUUAUUUGCUUCAGAAACAACAGAGUGCAUGUUAGCUCAUAUCUUUCAUCCAUACCCUUGGUCCAGGUCAUAGCGCCUACAGUUUCCUCAGAGUUGUGUAGCUGACUGACUGCCUCCUACAAAAUACAAGUAAAAAUGCUUUGUUACAAAACUUACACUGGUUCUGCCAAAUGAAAGUAUGGCUUAUGUCAUUAGAAGAAUUUAGACUUAUCGUGAUUUUAGGAUUGUGCAGCCGCCUCUUCUCUUCAGUUCCUCUGUCAAGCAGCCGUUUGACUCACACUGAGUAAGCCAUUGUUAACAGCGAGGUAAAUGUAAAGAGCGAGAUAAAAAUGAAAACGGUAAGCAAAUCCCGGGAAAGAGUAACAUCUCUGUUUUUAUGUUCACCUGAUUGGCCAAGGCUCGUCACAUGUGAAGUGACGUAACCAGGAUUACUUUAUGCAAUCAUUUGCUUUAUACUUUGUUAGUUGUAUACAAUGAAAAAUAUUUUCU